AUGUCUCUGCUAUUCUCCUACCGCUAUAAUAAGUUUCUUGUGGCGGGAGCAGCCUUGGCCAUAAUAUACAUCGUUGUGUUCAUGGCCCCCUCCCACCCAAAGACGGAGGACGCGUUCCCGGGACUUGUCUCUGAGUCUCAGGUUACCUCUCAUAUAAAGCCAGGCGAGCCGCUGGAUACGUCUACAUCUGCACCCGGUGGGCUGAUAGAGGAGAAGAAGCCAGUUAUUGACGAUGUGUUAUCAUCGUCAUCGACUCUGGAGCCGCAAAACUACAGGACACGCGCACAAGAAGAGAAACACGCCACCCCGGUUACUGCCAAGCCUAAGUCCACCGGCAUGAGACAGUCCGCACCACUGCACGAGUCGAAGGAGGAGGCCAAGGUUGCGCAGGAAACCAAGUCUGCAUCGUGCGAGUCGGGCGAGGAAUACGUGAUCAUGAUCGACGCGGGAUCCACAGGAUCCAGAAUACACGUGUACUCGUUUGAUACGUGCCAAUCUCCUCCGAAGCUGCUGAAUGAAGAGUUCAAGAUGAAAAAACCAGGUCUGUCCUCGUUCGACACCGACACGGUUGCGGCUGCUGCCUCUUUGGACGAGCUUCUCGAGGUUGCGCUUGAGACCGUGCCAAAGGACAAACAGGCGUGCACACCGGUUGCAGUCAAGGCCACUGCAGGUCUCAGACUGCUUGGAGAACAGAAAUCGUCAGCUAUUCUUGCGGAGGUUAGACGUCACCUAGAGGAUGACUAUCCAUUCCCGGUUGUCGAGGGAGACGGCGUUUCCAUCAUGGACGGCAGUGACGAAGGCGUCUAUGCCUGGAUCACUACCAACUACUUGCUUGGAAACAUCGGCGCCAAGGAAAAGCGUCCGACUGCAGCCGUGUUCGAUCUGGGAGGAGGAUCCACCCAGAUCGUUUUCGAGCCUUUAGAUGGACAAAGCAUGAUUGAAGGAGAGCACAAGUACGAAGUGAGUUUUGGAGGCGUCGACUUCACUUUGUACCAGUACUCGCAUCUUGGGUUUGGACUCAUGCAAGGCAGGAAAAAGGUCAAUGCUUUGGUUUUGGAGACUGCUCUCAACGAUCCAAAGUACGAGCUUACUCCGGUUUCUGACCCGGAGAAUGCCGUUGCUAAGGUUUCCAUUCCACAUCCAUGUCUUCCCCCAGGAGUUACGGCUGAAAAUGUGAUUGUCGAGCUUUCUGACAAGACCAGCUACGCUGUGAACUUUGUCUCAAUGGCAAAGAGCGAAGACGACGACAUGGCAAAAACGGCUGCGGUUCAAUGUAGAUCAUUGGCAGAGACCAUCCUCAACAAAGACAUGGAAUGCAAAUCGAAGUCUUGUUCGUUCAACGGUAUCUACCAGCCUUCUUUGAGACACCAGUUCGCCCAGACCUCAGACAUGUUUGUGUUCUCCUACUUCUACGAUAGACUCAAGCCUAUUGGAAUGCCACUUUCCUUCACACUGGACGAGAUGAAAGACCUCACCAAGAUCGUUUGUUCCGGAUCCACUGCUUGGAACCAGUACCUUUCACAGCCUGAAGGUCUCAAGGAACUGAAUGCAGAGCCUCUGUGGUGUUUGGACCUUUCGUUCAUGACUGCUCUGCUGCACACGGGGUACGACAUUCCUUUGCACAGAGAGCUGAGAACGGCAAAGAAAAUCAGUGACAACGAGCUGGGAUGGUGUUUGGGAGCCUCAUUGCCUCUUUUGGAUAAAAAUUCGGGAUGGAGUUGCAAAGUUACGCGGGACUAA